CAGGAGAUUGCUUCCGGGGUGUCGCCCUGAGCGGCGGCCCGGGACUUGGGGUUCGACUUUCGCGGUGGGAAGUGAUCGGUUCUUCCAGUAUCGACAAUGAGAACCUUGAUGGCCUCGGUCGGCGUGUUGCUGGCGUGGCUGUUCCUCUGUCGGUCAGGCGAAACAGCCGGGCUCCAGUCAGAGAAGGAGGGGCUCGAUCAUCAGUUCGAUGUUUUGAGUGGACUAUUAACUGAUUAUGAUAUCCUCUCACUGUCGGAUAUCCGCCAACAUUCCGUAAGAAAACGCGAUGCAGAACCACAGACUCACUUAGAACAAUCGGUACAGUUUUCAGCCCUGAAUAGAAAUUUUAACUUGUACUUAACUUCAAAUAUGGAGCAUUUUUCUGAAACUUUCAAAGCAGUCAUAGUGGAUGGAGAAGGAAAUGAGGAAGAAUAUCCUGUGCAAUGGAAAAAUUUCUUUUCUGGCCAUGUGAUUGGUGAACCAGGUUCAAAGGUCCGUGCUCUUAUUGAUGAGGAGGAAUUUAUUGCCAGAAUUAUUACCGAUGAAGGAGAAUAUAACAUAGAGCCCCUAUGGAGAUUCAUUGACUCUGCCCCAGUUGAAAAGUUGUUGGCAUAUAAAUCUGAGAAUGUACUGGAAAUUGGACGAUUAAAAUCUUCCAGUGUCUGUGGUUAUAUAAAGCUGAAUGACUCUGAGCUUUUGCCAGAAGAUGAUUAUGAUGAGGAGGAUGAUUUUGAUAUAGAUGCCUCUACUGAAUAUAUCCAGCGACAAAAACGACAGAAGGUGCCUCUAGAUCCUGAAAAGAAUACCUGUAAAAUGCUAGUAGUAGCAGAUCAUCGUUUUUUCAAGCACAUGGGACGUAGUGAAGAGAGCAUCACUAUUAAUUAUCUGAUAGAAUUAAUUGACCGGGUGGAUGACAUUUAUCGAAAUACAUCUUGGAAUGAUGCUGGAUUCAGAGGUUAUGGUUUGCAGAUAGAAGAGAUCAUUGUUAAAAAAGAACCAACAAAGGUUGUUUUAGACGAGAAACACUACAAUAUGGAGGGGACCUUUCCGAAGUACAAAGAUGCUUGGGAAGUUAAACCUCUAUUAGAGCAAUUCAGUGCUGAUAUAGCAGAUAGAGCAUCCAAAGUUUGCCUUGCGCACUUGUUCACUUACCAAGAUUUUGAACAUGGAACACUUGGUCUCGCCUAUGUUGGAUCUCCAAAACCACGUGCUUUGGGUGGUAUUUGCCCUACACGUAAGUCCAAAUCCUAUGAUCACGCAACCUUGCGCAAGGCAGUUUACUUAAAUACAGGAUUAACAAGCACUAAAAAUUAUGGAAAAACAAUCCUGACCAAGGAAGCAGAUCUUGUCACUGCUCAUGAAUUAGGCCAUAAUUUUGGAGCAGAGCAUGACCCAGAUAGCCAUGAAUGUGCUCCCACUGAUGAUGAUGGUGGAAAGUAUGUCAUGUAUCCUAUCGCAGUGAGUGGUGACCAGGAAAAUAAUAAGCUAUUCUCCAACUGCAGCAAGCGAUCAAUUUAUCAGACUCUAAUUAAUAAAGCAUCCAAGUGCUUUCAAAAAAGGAACAAUAAAGUAUGUGGCAAUUCGCGUGUAGAUGAAGGAGAAGAGUGUGACCCUGGGCUUUUACAUCUCCACGAAGAUAAAUGUUGUACUGAUCAAUGCAAACUUAAGAAAGAUAAAAAAUGCAGUGACAAGAACAGCCCAUGUUGCAAGGAUUGCCAAUUUGAAAAAGCUGGGAAGAAAUGCCAGGAAGCAAUCAAUGCAACAUGCAAAGGAGAAUCUACUUGUACAGGGACUGACCAGUUCUGUCCUGCUCCUGGAAAUGCAACAGAUCAGACAAUCUGUGUGGACAUGGGAAAGUGCAAAAAUGGAGAAUGCAUUCCUUUCUGUGAGGCAGAGCACAGCCUCAAAUCAUGUGCUUGCAAUGAAACGGACAAUUCUUGCAAAGUUUGUUGUAGAGAAGAUGGAAUUUGUAAACCAUAUGUGGAUAAGAACAACCAGUUUUUGUAUCUGCGCAAAGGAAAACCCUGCACUGUUGGAUUCUGUGAUGGAUAUGGCAAAUGUGAAAAGCAAGUACAGGAUGUAAUAGAACGAUUCUGGGAGUUCAUUGAGAAAUUGGAUAUCAACACUUUCGGGAAAUUCCUUGCUGACAACAUUGUUGGAUCCGUUGUUGUAUUCUCUCUUGUCUUUUGGAUUCCUCUCAGUAUUCUUGUCCAUUGUGUGGAUAAGAAAUUAGACCAGCAGUAUGAGGAGAGCUCGAAAACAUUCUUCCCUCCCAGUAAUGCUGAGAUGUUUAGCAGCCUAGAAUCUGCCUCAGUUCGCAUAGUGAAGCCUCCUCUUCAGUCCACAAGCCGCUAUCAACAACCAGCACCACCAGCAUCAACACCAAUGACAUUGACCAUUCCAACAAUCAUAGUGCCAACAAAAUCAGAUCACCAGCGGAUGGACACGAUACAGGAAGAUCCCAGUGUUGAUUCUUUAAUUGGAGAGGGAGGAAUAGGCGAUGACCCUUUUCCAAAUAGUAACCAGGCAGCAAAAUCCUUUGAAGAUUUAACUGCGCACUCUGCCAACAGGAGUGACAAGGCAUCUCUGUUUAAAUUGCAGCGUCAGACCAGAGUUGACAGUAAGGAAACAGAAUGCUAAUGUUGCUUGAACGUUUAGUAAUUUUUUUUAUAAAACACUGAAUUAUUUAUCAUGUGGUUUUUUUUUUAAGACUUUGUUAUAAAUCGAUCUAUGUACAAAUUGAUGUGGUUAUUCCCAGUAUAUGCAGCAUUUUUUAAAAAGCUGGUUACGUGUUUCUGACCUUCAACUCUAAUUACUUUUUAAGUACAAAAAUGAUUUCAUAUACAUAGCCUCUUUAUUUAACAACAGAAGUAAUUUGGCUGGAUCAUAACUGUAAAAAAAAAUCCAAAAAUAUGUUCUUUCUGGUCUAUCUGCUUAGUACAACACAAACAUGAAUCUAACUAUUCAUUUUGAGGCAUACUUUCUCUUGGGUAAAGAACAGCUAUGGUCAGUUACAUUUUUGCUGUUUGAAAGCACUGAUAAGCAAAAUGUUGCCUUGUAUUUAUAACUAUUCAUUCGGUAUCAGUACUUGCAAGCAGUGUGAGCAGUUUACUGCUGCAAUUUUGGUAACUAAAGACUUGAAAUUUUGUAAAUAUUAAAAUUUGGAACUAGA